AACUUGGCUUUCUUUAAUAAUCCAAUCCCUGUCACUUUGAGUCAACUCUUAGAAGUCCUGAGCUGGCAGUUUUCAUCAUAUGUUGGCCGUGGACUGAAUUCAGAUCAACUCAGUAUGCUGGCAGAAAAGCUAACAGGGCAACAGAUUACUUCUGGUGAUUAUCAGCUUUCAUGGUCAAAGUUCUGUAAGGAACACUUGCCUGGUAAAUCAUUUACAUUUUGGGCGUGGCUUGAAGCAAUCUUGGAUCUGAUUAAAAAACACAUUCUUCCUCUUUGGAUUGAUGGGUGUAUAAUGGGUUUUGUGAACAAAGGAAAGGAGCGAGCUUUGCUGAAAGACAAGAAACCUGGGACGUUUUUGCUGAGGUUUAGUGAAAGUAAUUUAGGAGGGAUUACGUUUACCUGGGUAUCCCAGUCUGAAAAUGGGGAAGUGAAAUUUCACUCUGUUGAACCAUAUAACAAAGGCCGCUUAACAGCCCUGCCAUUUGCAGACAUAUUACGAGAUUACAAAGUUAUUUCGACAGAUAACAUUCCUGAGAACCCAUUGCAGUAUCUUUAUCCCAAUAUCCCCAAAGACAAAGCUUUUGGAAAGCACUACAGCUCUCAGCCUAAUGAAGUAUCAAGACCUACAGAGGGAGGAACCAAAGGUUAUGUCCCCUCUGUCUUCAUUCCAGUCUCCAAGAUUCUGAAUAAUUCCACAGAUCCACCUUCUCCAUCAGAUCUUCUUCCCAUGUCACCAAGUGUUUAUGCUGUUUUGAGAGAACACCUGAGCCCUUCUGUAAUGGAAACUGCUUUGAAUUCUCCGUAUACAGCUGAAUGACAUUCAGAUACUGAAGAUUUUGAAAUGCAAAUGAACAUGUUUGUAUGUAUUAAUAUGUGUUUAUAAGAGAAUGUUCUUCAUUUUCCUAUACUGUAAAUAUAUUUUCCCAAGCGAUAUACAGAAUUCUCAUCUUGAUUGUAACUCCUAAUUUGCUUAAAAAAAUAUUUGAUCUGGUUCAGAUGUUGGUUUGACAUGGCUAGAAUGAAUCUCAUAUAUUGUACUAUUCAAACUUUCAUUGAUAUAACUAGGUUGAAUUCGCAUAUCACACAAACUCUAAUGUUAAUUUAAUCUGAUUUAUCAUGUAUAUAUUGAACAUCACAUUAACCAAAAUUUUGUUCCAUGGAUCUAUCCACUUGUGGCUUAUUCAAUUAAGAUAUUUUUCAUUUCCAAAAUUUAGAUAUUAGAGAAAUUGAUUUAUUCAAACCUGAAAAUAAAAACAUUAUUUCAUGUGUGAAGAAUAGGAAGUGAGAUACCCAAGUUACUUAAAUGCAAGAUUAAUGCAAUAUUUUCAUAGUUUAAUAGUUUAGGUCAGAUGCUUAGUCCAAUCCACACACAACAAAAUUAGGCUUUUUCAAUAUAUCCUAAUUUUUUGUGAUAGUUCAAUAUGCUUUUAUACCAAAUUGUUUACAAGUGACAAAGUUUCAAGACAGCAUAUUAUGGAAAUUCAACAGCAGUGUGAUUGAAAGUGAAACAUCAUCAUAUUGUAGAUUUGUAUUUAAAGCCAGGUUACUGUAAUAACAAAAUUAAAUUAACAGUCAUCUGAAAUCCAGAGCGGAAACUAGAUAAUCCCUAGAUUAUCUAGUUUCCUCAGAAAGUGAUGUUCCUCAUCAGGAAAUGAAAUUCUUCCCAAUAUUUUAAACUUGUGUACAUGUUACAUGAUUAUGCUAUAUUUUUCCAAUGCUGUUGCACAAAAAUCUGAUUUUAUAUAAACACUUUCUAACUUUA